AUAUAUUCUCCACUUUCCAAUUCAACCUCACCACCAUUAAUACGUGGUGUAGCGUCUUGAUAUAUAAUAUAUAUAUAUAUAUAUAUACAUAUUUCAAUUCACCAAUGUUUCUUGAACUUCCUUGUUCCACACAAGAAUCUUUGAAGAUGUCUAUUGUCAAUAAUUAAUUAUUUUACCCAUUCAUUUUUUUUGUUUUGAAGGGGGUUUCGAUCUCUUCAAAUUCAACAUUCCAGAAUGAUCACACGCGUUUUGUGAACAUAGUGGUCUGCAACUCCAACUUGUUCUUCUUCAUAAUCUUCUUUAUUUUUUAUUUUUUAUUUUUGGUUUAGUCAAAUAAAUAUAAAUCUUUAGGAUUCAUGGCUACCAUGGGUUUUUGUGGCUUGAAGCCAUUGUUCCAUCGGCGCAGCAAGACAUUUGCUUUUGAGGCAAUGAAAGGCCAAAGCAUGCCCAAGAAUAUGAAGCCAUCGAAAGUUAAGAAAAAGAGAAGAGAAGAGUCAAUGAAGAGUUCAGUUGCGAGUACAGACCAAUUGGUUUUAAUGAUGGACCUCCAUAAGAAGAUCUUGGCCUUCAGGGACAUCCUGGACCUCCCUACUUGUGAUACCUCUGCUUCAUUACGUGUGCUGGUAAUUAAAACACUGGAGAAUCUGCAAAGGCUUUACCCAGAGGUGAUACCAGCUAAUGAAGUGUCAGAGAUCAAAGACAAGUUUAUAGAUGAGGCUCUAGCCUACUUCUGCAAGGCUUUGAAGUCUCUUGGAGAGUCAUGGACGGUGAACAAUGAGUCUAUAAACAAGUUCAAUUUUGAGUUGCCUUCAUGUAAUGAAGACGGCACCAACAUGCAGCAGCUAGGUGAAGCUUUAAUGGCCAUACUGAAUCAUUUGAUGAAAAUGGCGAGUGAGAAUUUUGAGAUGAUGGAGGACGAUGAGCAAAAGAAAGAGUUGAGAUACAGUUCAUCGUUUACUGAUAGCAUCUAUUCUUGCAGCUCUCCUCCGAUCACGCCGACUUCGGUUCUUCCACAAGAGAUCAAGUAUUCUUAUUCUAAGUACAGCCGUAAUAAUAGUCAGAAGAUCAAUGAUGGAGAAAGCCCGCCGAGAACUUCAUCGGCUUCAUCAUCUUCCUCGCCACUUCUCUGGUCUCUCAGACUUCAAGCUGUGGGAAAGUUGAAUCCUCUUGACAUCAAGCGCUUGUCCUUCCACAUGCCACAACGUGAACUCAAUGACGAGAAUCAUAAGAAUAUGGAGGUGGAUGGUAAAUCUGAAAAGGACAAUUUAGAGGAUCUCGUUUUUCCUAUGGACUCAGUGGACGAAUCAUCAGUGUCAGAUACUCACAAUGACCAUACGAAGUCAGAUGAACCUCCAGCAGAAACACCAUUACUUCCAAUUCGCCACUCCCCUUCCUCUCUGCCGCCGCCGCCGACUCCUCCGCCUCCUCCACCAUCACCGCCACAGUUGCUGCAGAAUGCAGUGGUCGUAGGUCCCCCACCCAUGCCGCAGCUGCCGCCUCCUCCUCUUCCUCCAUCAUCGGCACCUAACUUGCAGCCAAAUGCAGCAACAACCAAUAAUCUUCGGCCACCUCCUCCGCCUCCACUUCCUCGACGGCCAGGUUUAGCUCCGCCGGCGCCACCACCCAUGCUUCCACCAGGGGGUGGAGUUCCAGCACCUCCACCGAUGGUGACGCCGAGAAAUGGAGGUGCUCCUCCGCCGCCACCUCCAGGCGGUGCAGGUAGGUGCCUUCGUCCCAAAACGACUACUAAGUUGAAAAGGUCGUCUCACAUUGGCAAUCUGUAUCGAACUCUCAAGGGAAAAGUGGAAGGCUCGAGCUUGAAUGUCAAAUCAUGUGGUGACAGACGGAGUGGAAUUGGACAAAGCGCCGCCGCUGGAGGAAAACAAGGCAUGGCCCAAGCUAUUGCAGAGAUGACCAGAAGAUCAUCUUACUUCCAACAAAUAGAAGAAGAUGUUCAGAAGUACGCAAAACAAAUCACAGAGCUGACAUCUUCAAUAUCUAAUUUCAAGACAAAUGAUAUGACAAAGUUGGUCAGUUUCCACAAAGUUAUUGAAUCUGUUCUUGAGAAUCUCAUCGAUGAAUCACAGGUAUUGUCACGAUUUGAAGGUUUCCCAACGAAGAAGUUGGAAACUAUAAGAACGGCUGCCGCGCUAUACAGUAAGUUAAAUUCAAUAGUUUCAGAGCUUCAAAGUUGGAACGUAGUGCUUCCCUCGGGUCAGUUUCUGGACAAGGUCGAACGUUAUUUCAACAAGAUAAAGACAGAAGUGGACGCUUUGGAGCGAACCAAAGAAGAAGAGUGCAAGAAAUUUAAGAGUCAUAACAUCGAAUUCGACUUCACCAUUCUCAUAAAAAUCAAGGAAGCAAUGGUGGAUGUUUCCUCCAGCUGCAUGGAGCUAGUGCUAAAGGAGAGGCGCGAGGAAUCUGCAGGAUCGAAGUGUAAAAAUAAUGGGAAUGCAAAAUUGCUAUGGAGGGCUUUUCAAUUCGUAUUUAGGGUUUACACGUUUGCGGGUGGGCAAGAUGAUCGAGCAGACAAGCUAACCAGAGAACUAGCUCGUGAAAUAGAAAGCAGCCCCAUCAACGCAUGAUCGAUGUUAUUUAUAUUGCGAGCCUUAAUUAAUCACUCUAGUAUACGGAUUACAGACUCGUUGAAAAUAAACACUAUAUCUUUAAUAUAAAAUAUAUAUAUAUAUAUAUAUAAUAUAACAUAAACACUAUAUAUUAUAUGUAGUAAUUAAACUCGAAGUUGGUGAGGUCGUUGCAGCAAUAUAUGCGCACCCAUCACGGAUAAAAUUUCCUUUUUCUCAAGCCAUUUUUCAUGACGAUGGUUGGAGUUGUAGUUUUUGAAAGGAGAUUAAUUAAUUCAUAAUUAUGAUUUAGAUUAAUAAAUUGCAAUGACUUUCCUGUAUCUUAACUUUGUUAAUUUAAUUUGUUGUUUCUGUCAUAUAAAUAGGUGUAGGAUUUAUUUAUAAUUAUGAUUAUGAUU